GCGGCCUCAUUUUGGCUGCCCCAGCAUCGCCCCGCCGACGCCGACGCCGCGCCAGGAACCCGCCGCAGCAUCUUCGGCUGUCCCAUCAUCGGCCCAGCCGCCGCCACCGCCACCGCGCCGCAAAACAACAGCAUGGAGGCCACGGGCCUGGAAAUGGAGGCCGAGCCCAUUACGUACGGCAGCAUCCCCUCCGAAGCCGAGGCGCCACAAAAGCGAAGGCGGCGCGCCCCCUACGCCGUCGUCGGCGGCUGCCUCGGUCUCGCCGCGGUGGCCGGCGUCGCGUCGACGAAGACGCGCACGUCCUUAGCGGUCAAUGAUUAUCCUCAUCCUCAUGCGUCCGCGCCUUCUCACGGCUGUGCGAUGAUCGACGACGUGCUGUCGACCUGCAAUCGCGACGCGGGCGACGACUUGCCGCUCUUACAAGGCAUGGACGUCAUGUCGUACUUCGACGCGGCUUCGGGUCUCAUCGACGAGCCCCUUCGAGGGACUUCGGAGUUCUCGUACAACUACCAGGGCAACUUGUUAUACUUCUCGAGCGAGAAGAACAUGAACACCUUCUCCUAUGAUCCUACCAAAUACAUGCCGUCUGGCGGGGGCUAUUGUCCGCUGGCCAUGUCGGGGCUCGAUCCCGCCCUGUCGUGGGUGUGUACGUCGGUCUCGCCGGUGGACCCGUUAUCGUACGAGGUCGACACGCAGGGGCGGUUGUGGCUCUACCGGGAGCCCUCGGCUCUAUAUUCGAUGGCUGAGGUGUAUGAGGACUGGUUGGCCUCUGAAGUGGGCGGCGUCUCGCCCUACUCCCAGGCCCAGGCGAACUGGGCCAACCUCGUGGCUCAAAGAACGGGCACGGGCGAGCUCUACCCGCCGACGAUGAUGAACAAAAACACGAAGGAGUGCAUGGACCUCUACGGGCUGUUGAAGAGCGACCAGGACCGAUAGUGCGUAAGGCGAAAGUAGUAGU